UUUCAGACGUGGCAUCCCCUCCCAUCCUUUUGUUCCUUCCGCUCAUUUCUUCAAAUUUCUCUGCUUCUUUUUUCUUUCUCGUCAUUCUUCCUCUGCUUCUCUCUCUCUAACAUAUCUUUGUUAAAAAUCCCUUUUUAGAUUUGUCACAGAUCUGUUUUUAUCGGGAGAAUUCGUGGGAGCUGGUUUUCAAGCUGCUCUGAUUUUCAAUUAUUGCAUUAAUCUUUGAGAGUGAAGACAUGGGGUUGACAGAGAUCUAUGACAGUGCACCUAAGGCCAGAAAACCUUACACAAUUACAAAACAAAGAGAAAAAUGGACGGAGGAAGAGCAUCAGAAGUUUCUUGAUGCCUUGAAGUUGUAUGGUCGGGGUUGGCGUCAAAUUGAAGAACAUGUAGGCACCAAAACUGCUGUUCAGAUUCGAAGUCAUGCUCAAAAGUUCUUCUCUAAGGUAGUUCGGGGUUCAAUAGGGAAUGUUGAAGGUUCUGUGCAACCAAUUGCGAUUCCUCCACCAAGGCCUAAAAAGAAGCCUAAGCAUCCUUAUCCUCGCAAAUCAGUUGACCUUUUUAAUCUGUCUAUUUUACAUCAAUCAGAAAGAUCUCCAUCUCCAAGUCUUGUACAUACAGAUAAAGGAGUGAAGUCUCCUACUUCAGUUUUGUCCAGUCACGGCUCUGAUGCAGUGGGCUCUGCUACUUCUGACCAGAAUAACAGGUCUUCAUCAAUGUCAAGGACAACUGAUUUGCAUUCGAUAAUCCUGUCUCCUUUCGAGAAGAAUAAUGGGCACUUGUUAUCGAAAUCAUCCAAUGAAGAGAAGAGCUCACUUCCUGAAAAUCAAUUCUCUGACUGUUCGACCAUGGAGAAUGUCUUGUGCUUGAAAUGUGAAUCAGGUGCUAAGAACACUAAACACACUGAAGAAGAGACCGAACUUUCAACUUCAACAAGUUUUAAGAUUUUUGGAAAGAUAGUCUUGUUGUCUGACCUCGAGAAAGGAUCGCCUUCUGGUGUUGAGGGUUCCAAAACAUUACAAACUGACCAAAUGCCUGUUUCAGAAUUAUCACCAGAUCAAUUAGGCACUGAUCUGUGUCUUGGUGGAAUUGUUAGUGACUGUCAUCUGUUGGCAUGUGGUGCUUCUAUUAACCUGUUAGAGCAACAGAAAGAAGAUUCUAAUGCGGUGAAAGGCAAUGCUUCUAUGCUUCAGUGGUCUUUGUAUCAAACACCAUGCAAUUACAUCAUCGCAGACAACAUCCCAAGCGUAGAGCAAACAUUUCUGAGUUCUUGCGCAGAAGGAAAAACCAAAGAUAAGGAAGUUCAGAAGGAAAGGUCUUGUACUGGUUCUAAUGAAGGAUCUGCUAGUGGGAUAGAAACUCUAGGAGACACAAACAUAGAAGCCGUCAAUUCCUUUUCCCAAGAACCUCCUACUAAAGUAAGUGUUGAACCCUGCAAUUCUAGGAAGGGGUUUGUACCAUACAAGAGAUGCCUAGCAGAGAGAGACAAUGUGUCAUCUAUGAAGCCUAAUGAUAGAGAGAGACAGAAAAUUCGAGUUUGCUAAUAAUUCCCUUGACCAACAUGUAGUUAUAUUGUAUGGACCAGAAUAGGGAGAGUGUUUUAGAAGAGGAGUGGGAUGGAGCAAAUUUUUACCUUAGUUUUUUUUGAUUUGUUCCCUUCCAAGUAGAGCUCCCAUCUCAGCAUAUUUCUUUUCAUGGAAAUUCGGUUAGAAGCUUCCACGUUUAUGGGUUCUAGUUCAUUCACUCCCCUUCCCAGCAGUUUUAGAGUUAGAAGAAUGACUCAGAACACUCUUGAGAACUAAGAGUGCAAUGCAAUGCAUACACACAUGUCAGCUCUUCAAAAUUGUCCCUAUCUUAUUGCAGCCUUCUGAAGUUAUUGAAUGACCAUGACAGAGUAGAGGCUUUCCCUGUACUCAGGGGAGUUGAGCUCUGAGCAAUAAGAGUAGUUAUUGGUGCUGACAAGAAGUGUAUGAUUGUAAUAUUUGGCUAAUAAAAUGAGAGCAAUAAGGAAUAAGGAAUAAGUAUUAUUCCUAGAAAGGGAAAAUUUUGUGCAAUCAAAACAUCAAAAUCACCGUUGUUGGAAGCUGUAAAUCUAUUUAAGUUGUGUACUGUAACUAAGACUUUGUAAAUAUUCUGUUUCGGAUUUGAACUUUAUGACUUGUAAAGCACAAUUUUGCUCUUCA